AUGAAGGCUGCAGGAGCAAACACCGUCGGCAUCGCGGAGCCAAGAAUUCGUCUCCUGCCAGACAUUUUCCGUGAUGAACAAGAUGUUCCACUUCAUGCCGAAGGUUACAUUCGUCAGGAAUACCUGAUUGAUGGAUUUUCUGAAGGAGAAAUUUAUUGUACCCGCCUUGUUCUCCAUUCCCCCAAGGAUCCAAUCAAGUUUUCUGGACUUGUUGUUGUAGAGCCUUCUGAUUCAAUGGGCGGAACAAAGGUAUGGCUCAAGACCAAACGGUGGAUCAUGAGAAAUGGUCAUGCAUGGCUUCAAGUCGACUCCCAGGCUCCCUCUGCCAUUGAAAUUACAAAGAAAGUGGACAACAAACGCUACAAGGACAUAAGCUUCAUCGCAACCAGUACCUUGCAAGAAAUCGAGAGUGUCAUCCCAUCAGCUUUGGAUGCUCCCGAGGAGACAGUCUGGAAUAACUACAAAGUCUUUAAGGAAAUGUGGUGGGCAUCAACUCUCCAGUCUCCCGAGAUCCUGGUUGCCGCAUCGCAUGCAGCGAGAUCUGGCUGUCUGUCAAUCAAGGCAAACCGCGUAAUCCUAUGUGGUAUGGCCCAGACAGGCGAUGUGACCCGUCGAUUUAUCCUUCAUGAAUCUCAUCUCCGACUGCCUGAUGGAUCGGUUUCCUUCGAAGGAUAUCUCCCAUUCCAGAACGACGGUGGCCCUGCGCUGCCAGACACACACUCAUCCAAUGUCAAAGUCAUCGAGACAAUGGGCGAUUAUGAACUCUUCUCCCACCAAACCCUCUACGGAAACGAAAACGGACUGGAGACCUACCCCCACCGCCGUCAUGAUAGCGACUCCUACCGAUUGUACGAGGUCCCCGGCUUGUCUAACCGCGCGGCUAGGUACGUGCCCAUGGCUGACAUGGCCGAAAUGACCUAUGCCACCUUUGGGUCUGCCCAGUGGAGCACUUUCUGCAGCUCCUUCAUCUACCAUGCCGUCUUCGAGGCUAUGGACAAGUGGAUCACAAAGGGCGCUGCGCCCCCGCAUGGCGCUGUGAUUUCCACUGGAGUGGGUGGGGACGUCAUCCGUGAUGAGCACGGAAAUGCUGCUGGGGGAAUCAGGACUGUUCAUUCGGAGGCUCCCACCGCACAGCUGGUUGAUAUAACCCCCCGGGACCGACCUAACUGGUACAGUGGGUCCGAAAGCCCUUUCACGGCAGACAAAUUGAUGGGUCUCUACAAGAGUGUGGCCAACUACCGGAAGUUGGCAACUGACGCCAUUCGCUGUCAGCUCCGAGCUGGAUUUUUGCUGGGCGCGGACCUAAAGACUCUGCACCGCGAUACUGUUGAGAAGGUCUCUUUUUGA